AUGGUCCGCAGACGCAACUUCGACGAUCCCUCCAUCUUCACGUCAUCCGACGACGACGACGAGGACGACGAGGAGGAGCCGGGCGUUCAUUUCCCCGUCGGCAGGUCGCGCGCCUCCGGUCAAAGAAAAGGCGUUGAGACGCCCUCGAGGAGCGUCUGUAUCCCGCUCGGUCCCAGUCGGCGCGCGGCGAGGGGCGCCAAAGCGCGCGAGGUGGAGCCCACGCACCGCAUCACCGACCGAAGGGGCGACGACGGGCGCGGCGACGUCCUCGUCGAGCUCGAGCUGUCGGGAAGUCUCGCCAGCCUCGAGCGCGACGCGUGGGCGGAGAUCUCGCAUCAGAAGUAUUCGUUUCGCGCGGGUCUGGGCGCACCGGUCGUGUGCACGCAGAGCACGUUCCACCUCGGCGUGCCGGGACGUUUCCGAGCGAACGUCCAGCUUCCGGCGAAGGUUCGCGAAGGCGCGCGCGUCGUUCGCGCGAGCGAGGGGAAAGAGCGCGGGAGGAUGGUCUUCGUGCUGCCCUGCUGCUGA